CUGACCUUAUCUUUUCACACUCUUCUCUAACUACCAUGAGUUCAGUCCAAUCACCCGCAGUCUCGCCGGCAGAACUACAGAUAUGGCGGAAAAGAGCAAGAAUCUGUUCAUCGGAGGCACCGGCUACAUCGGAAAAUACUUGGUCGAGGCCAGCGCCCAAUCUGGUCACCCUACUUUCCUUCUCGUCAGAGAAUCCACUCUCUCUAACCCCGAGAAAUCAACCGUCAUCGGCAAAUUCAAGACCCUUGGCGUCCGUUUCCUCACCGGCGAUCUCUACGAUCACGAGAGCUUGGUCAAGGCGAUCAGGCAAGUGGAUGUGGUGAUUUCUACUGUGGGUUACGCCCAGCUGCUCGAUCAAGUCAGGAUAAUCUCCGCUAUCAAAGAAGCAGGAAACAUCAAGAGAUUCUUGCCGUCGGAGUUCGGCAGCGAUGUGGAUCAUGUCAACGCUGUGGAGCCAGCUAAAACUGCAUUCGCCAGCAAGGCUAAAGUGCGUCGGGCUAUUGAGUCCGAAGGCAUUCCUUUCACCUACGUAUCCUCCAACCUUUUCAAUGGCAUCUUUCUCGCCACAUUGACCCAGCUCGGAACCACAGCUCCACCGCGAGAUAAAGUUGUUAUCUUCGGAGAUGGAAACCCUAAAGCAAUUUUUAAUACGGAGGAGGAGAUUGCAACCUACACCAUCAAAGCAGUGGAUGAUCCAAGAACCUUGAACAAGAUUCUGUACGUAAGACCACCAGGCAACACAAUCUCCCUAAACGAUCUUGUGUCCAUGUGGGAGAAGAAGAUCGGGCACACCCUUGAAAGGGUUUACAUCUCAGAGGAACAGCUCCUGAAGAACAUUCAAGGUGAAUAUAUUCCUCUUUCAAGUACUUCUGAGCAUGAUGUAGCUCAAUUUAAUGCCUUGGUGGCUGUCUCUGAGAUCCUUUCUUAACUUGUCUGUAGAGUCUGCAACCCCAAUGGGUGUCGUAUUAUCAAUUCGCCACUCGGUGUUCGUGAAGGGAGAUCAAACCAACUUCGAAAUCGAACCUUCUUUUGGAGUAGAAGCCUCUGAGCUUUACCCCGAGGUCAAAUACACCACCGUGGAUGAGUACCUUAACAAACUUGUCUGAUUGCACUGAAAUCAAGCAGCAGCUUCAGCUACCCUUAAGAGGUAGAAACCUUUCAGUUCAAGUUGCUGAUUAGGUUUCUGUUUUCCAUGAUACAUAUGCACAUGUGUAUUAUUAUAACUUUAUAAUUCAUUGUUCUAGUUGGAUUUGAAUUCUGUUUUAGUUAUUGCUUGGGAAUUGUUAUCGUUUUCUUGCGAGAGUAGUGGUCAUAUUUUUCUAACAUAUAAACUAGUUUUCGC